AUGGGUAGUUCGGCUCAAAUAAACAGAUCAGUUGAAACUUCAUCAGAUGAAUCUGCACCAUCCGCUAUUGCAACAACUUCCAUAUUAUCAUUACAACCGUCAACAUCAACUUCAACAGAAGCAAGUAGCAAUUCUAUGAUAACAACUUCUGGUGCUACUACUUCCUUUACCACCACUUCUUCUACAACCAUAGCAGACUCCGACUCCAACGCAGAAUUUUCAUGCAACAUUUGUUUUGAUACUUCUGUAUCUCCUGUUCUUACUUUAUGCGGGCAUUUGUUCUGUUGGUCAUGUCUUCAUCAAUGGCUAGAAGCUCAGCGUCAGAAUCCAACAUGCCCGGUUUGCAAGGCUGGAUGUGCGCAGGAUAAGGUCAUUCCAAUUUAUGGACGAGGUAAAGAACAGGUAGAUCCACGAUCAACGACCCCUAAGAGACCUGCAGGCCAACGACCGGAACCGUUUCGAAGCCCUAAUCAGAUUGGAACUGGAUUUACAUUGGCUACGGGACAAGUAACAUUUACAGGAACUAUGAUCCCGCCAUUCAUGUUUUCGCCUUUUGGGGUCCAUUAUGGCGCAUCAUAUGCCGGCGCCAUGGGUCCUAAUGGAGCAGUACAGACCCCUAUGCAAGCGUAUGUUUCGCGAUUAUUCUUCAUGCUUGGCGCUCUAAUAUUGGUUGGGAUUCUGCUUUACUGA